AUGCAUAAUUAUAACUGUUUAAAAAAAAGUUCAAAAAUAUCACACCUUUUUUUUUGUCAAUAUGCAUUACCAACUUUAAACAAAAACUUUCUCAUAUCUUGUAAAGAUAUCAAAAGAAAUAAUCAAAUAUCAGAGCAUAUUUAUUUGGUUACAUUAAUUAGUAACACUAACCAGAAAAAUCAAACAUCGCAUAUUUUUAACCCAAUUAAGAAUAAAUUCGUUUUUUUCUCUUCAUAUAUAUCUCAAAAACAAGCAAAAACAAAAUUAAUAAAUAAUAUAUAUAACAACUUAAAUACAAUUAUUAACAAGAACAAAAUUUUAAUAAAUAAUUUAUCAGAAAAUAAAAAUAAAACAAAUAACAAAUUAUAUUACAACUUUAACUACCUUUCCAAAUAUGCACCAAAAAAUGAUAUCUAUAAAAAUUUUCCCAGUAUACAAUCGACAUAUCCACUUAAUUGCACAGACGAUUCAUCAAUAUUAAAUGAUGUUUACACAUUUAUGAUUAAAAAUGUUACACAAAAUAAAUUGAAUAACAAAACAAAGAACUUAUAUCACUGCAAACAUAACAUAUUUUAUCAAAAAAAUAUUCUUUGCACCAAAAAAUUAAAUGAUACAAUAUUCUACACCUUAAUCAUUCGAAAUAAUUUUGGAACUAAAAUAAAAAAUCUAGAUAAAAACGGUGAAGAAAAUAUUAUUCUACAUAACAAAAAAUGCAAUAAACAUUCUCGAAAAGAAAACAAUGAAGAUAGUAAUGACGAAAAUAAGCAAUAUCAUGAAAUAAAGUAUAAAGAAGAAAAGGGGAAAAAUAUUCAAUUGUAUAAUUACACAAAUAAUAAUAAUAAUGAAAAAGACAACGAUCCGUCAAGAAAAUAUGAAAACAUCGAUGCAAAGGAGUUAGAUACCCUUUUGCAUAAUUUAGAAAAAAUUUAUGAAAAUAAAAAUAGCAAAAUAAAUAUAAACAUAAAAGUAUUAGUAUAUCUGUUUAAAAAUUUUAUAUUUAAAAAUAAAGAAUUAAAAGCAAAGAUAUUUCUUUCUUUUGCUUUUUUAAUAUGCUCAAAAAUAUCAAUAAUAUACACUCCUAUCCUUUUAUCCUCAUUUAUUGAAAAUGUAAAUUUACAAACAAACUUACCUAACAAUUAUUUUAAUGCACCCUUUUCAAAUGAUCCAUGUGUUAUUAUAUUGUCAGCAUAUAUUUUGUCACGAGUUUUAUCAUCAACAUUAAACGAAUUAAGGAAUAGCGUCUUUACUACUAUAAGCCAACGGAUAUCAACAUUUAUUAGUAAAUUAUUUUUUUAUAAAAUUCAUAACUUAAAUUUAAACUUUAUAUUAUCUAAAAAAAAUGGAGAAUUGUCUAUGAUAUUUAAUAGAGGAUGCAAAAGUAUUACAAACUUGUUAAAUGUAAUAGUAUUUCAAAUUAUUCCAAUUAUUUUAGAAUUUAUUCUUUAUUUAUAUAUAUUAUCAUAUAAAAUACAUUAUAGUGUUUCUGCUGUUACAUGCAUUAAUAUGCUAUUAUAUAUAUUAUUCACAACUUUAGUAACAAAAAGAAGAACUAUUAUUAGAAAAAAUAUGAAUAAGUCAGAACAAAAUACUUUUAACAUAUUUCUAGAUUCUAUACAAAAUGUUGAACAAGUAAAAUAUUAUACCAAUGAAUUACACGAAUUAAAUAAAUUUAUAAAAGAACAAAAAAUAUAUGAAAAGGAAGCAAUAAAUGUUCAAAAAUCUUUAUCUUUUCUAAAUUUAGGACAACAAAUGAUUCUUAAUUUUAAUCUAUUUUUAUGUUUAUAUUUAACUUAUUUAAAUAUAGCAAAUGAUGUUUUCCCAUUUAGUUAUCUAAUAUUAGUAAAUACAUUAUUGUUUCAGUUAGCUAUGCCAUUAAAUAUGUUCGGAACUAUUUAUCGAGAAACAAAAUUAAGUUUAGUAGAUAUCGAGUGUAUGAUUAAAAUACUCAUAAGAAAAAUGAAAUCCAUUAAUCAUGGUCAUAAAUAUAAUAUUCAAAAAGGAAAUAUUAUUUUCAAUAAUGUUACAUUUAAAUACCCACAAAUGAAUGAACAUUCUGAUUUCACAAAAAAUAUAAAUCAUGUCGAUACAAAUACUAAAUCAAUCCAUAACAUCAAACAAAAUCCCGGAAUGAUAAAAUCCAUUUGGAAUUACACUGUUGCCCUUUUUUCUAAAUUUAAAACAAAAUCGGAGAAAACAAAACCAAAUAAUGAUCUAUAUACAAUUGAAAAUGCUAAUAAAAUUAAUCCAGAAAUUAAAAACAAUCUAAACAACGAGCUCAAAAAAAAUAUAGCCAACAAUGUUAAUACCCAUUUUGAUACUAACAAUUCAGAAACAACAAAUAAUUAUAUUUUUCAAAAUUUUUCAUGUCAUAUUAAUGAUGGGGAAAAAGUGGCAAUUGUAGGAAAAAGCGGAUUAGGAAAAAGCACAUUAACAAAAUUACUAUUAAAAUUUUAUGAAAUCGAAUCAGGAAAUAUAUAUAUAGAUAAUAAAAAUAUACAAAAUAUCAAUUUGUAUACACUAAGAAAAAAUAUAUCUAUAGUACCUCAAGAUACUAUAUUAUUUAAUAAUACUAUUUCUUAUAAUAUCAAAUAUGGAAAUUUUCAAUGUACUGAUAAAGAAAUGAUUGAAGCAUCAAUAAAAUCUGAAUUACAUGAUAAAAUAUUAACUAUGGAAAAUAAAUAUGAUACUAUUGUUGGUGAAAGAGGUACUAAAUUAUCAAUUGGUGAAAAACAAAGAAUAUGUAUAGCCAGAUCUUUUUUAAAAAAUUCAAAAAUUCUUAUUCUCGAUGAACAUGCUAGUAAUCUAGAUAAUGAAAAUAAAAAAUUAAUAGAAAAAGCUUUACAUAAAUUAUGCUAUGGAAAAACUACUUUUUUCAUUACUCACUUAAUGGAUAAUUUACAAAAUAUGGAUAAAAUUAUUUAUUUUUCUGGACAAAAUAUUUAUGUAGGCAAACAUUCUGAACUUAUGAAUCAAAAUGAAGCAUAUAAAGAAUUCUACAACUCAAAAAAUAAUGUAAUUUAA